UUCACAUCCCGUUCGUUUUGGUUACAAUCGUGUCAACCGCAGCCAAUGGCGAGAGUGCAUAUUUGCUGUUCGGAUAUCAUUAAAUCUCUGAUUAAAAUAAGCUUCCCGAACGUCCACUGCCCUGCACUUAUCUAAGUUUCCCGAUACAGAAGCGGCCCUCUUGACGAGAGUGAUAUCAUUUGUUCAGAACAAAAAGAAACAACAAUGUUCAAGUUCGUAUAACGGGAAUGCUUGCUUAGCGUUUGCAAAGUUCCGGAAAUUUGAUCGGCGCAAGAUAUCUUGUUCAGCAGUUUUACAAGCUCAUAUCGGAAAUAUGUCUAGCAGCGAUCUCACAACGAAGGAAGCCAUCAAUGGCUUUCUUCCCCAUCCGGAAGCAACUUGUAGUAAAUGCUAAUCGGUAUGAUGGCCGAUCCAUUAGACCCGUACAGUAGCAGCCUUUUUUUGGCGGUUGGAAUCAGUCGAUCAUCGUGAAUUCGCUGCCAGCCCUUCCCAUUGCUUGCUCUGGGACCAGUCGAGACGUUUGCGGAACAAACGAUGAUCCUCGAGGGAUUGAGUGCCCGUGCGGCUGGUUGGGUUUGUAUGGUAGCGAUGGCAACGGUUGGUAAGAUAGUGAGGCGGUUAAAUAAUAUUGCUCUUAAUGCUCUGGAUGAUACGCGUGCGUUAAUGUAACGUAUCGGGCAAUCAAUGUAUUUGAAAACAAAUUGUGUGGCAACGAUUUUUGACGGUUCGAUAAACCAAGCUGCAACGAACGAUCUUGUUGCUGCUUCGGCACCUCCCUCUCGGGCACAAUAGCGAAUAAUGACCGUUUUAUUUAAGUUGAGCGGCGUCGUCGAUUCAACAUUAACGAUAAAAUCAAGGAGCUGGGCACGCUGCUACCGAAAAACAUGGAAGGAUCGAGCAGCGAGCUGAAUGGCAAGGAUGGGCGCGUUAACAAGGGCACCAUACUGAAAGGGACGGUAGACUACGUUAAGGAGCUCAAGCUGGAGGUCAGCAUGCUGCGGCGCAACGACGAGCUCGUGAUGGCACUGCGCAAUGAGAACGCAAUGCUGCAGAAGCGUGUCGCGGUAAGUGUGGCCACAUCUUAGCUCUCGCCCAAAGAUUGAUGAUUGAACGGUUA